GUGUCUCUUCUAUGGUUGAACCCGAACCGGUCCUUGUCCCCCAAAGGUUGGUUAUGUAUUUUCUUCAGAAGUGUGAUCUCCAUUUUUUUCCUUCUCGCUUUUCCUUCAUCUAAUCUAUCUGGAGCAAUUCUUCAUUCUUGGUGAAUGUGAUGUGCGUGAAUGAAGCCUUCUCUCGGUUCACUGUGCCCUAGAAUGGGUGUUUUGACAUCCAAUUUGACUUUCUGGAAAAAACAAAAUGAGUUUACUAAACUGAUUUAGGACGGCUAAGUUGGUUUCAGCUAUAUGGACGAUCAAGAUAGUAAUGGCAGAGACGCAAGCCCACCAUUGACAAGAUGAAAGAUAGCAUUGAUUAUUAUCCAAGGAAACCUGAGCAAAGUUUUUCUUUAACAUGAAAAUGACGGUUCAGUUAGAAAUGACCAUGUUUUCCCUCAACUAUUCACUUCCAUCAGUUCCAUGCCAAGGCUUAAUGAAGCAGCAUCUUAUCUUGCAGAAACAACUUCUCUGUUUACAAGCUGUCUCCCUGGUCUUUCCGGCUUGGCUGUUGGAGACUCUGGUGGACAGGAAAUGGUGACAUUUGGUCCUAGAAAUUCUGGAGGAUCUGUUACUACCUUUAAUACUCUUUUAGGUGCAACUGCAUUCCGAUCUUCAGAAUCAUCUAAUCAAGAAAUGCAUGCUCCACGCAUCCAUGAAGAAAUGACUAGUAGUUCAACAGAAUCAGAAAAAGAGCCAUUGUUAAACUGUAGUUCAGCAGAAUCAGAAAGAGAACCAUUGUUGAACUCUAGUGCGAUUAUUACAUCAGCUCAGUCAAAUCAAAAUGGCAUUUCUAUUUUUCAAGGGUUAUUCGGGCAAUGUUGCACGUAAUUUUGAUGGAUGGACUUUGGUGGUGGACAUCUACAUUUAUGCAACCUUGGAAAUACUUCAGGAAAAAGAUCGUUACUACAUAUAACUACUUAUACCUGUCAAGAUUCAAGAAAAAAACAUCAAUUUUAUGAAUCCUUGAUUCUCUUUCUGAUUGUCUACGAUCCAUCAAUUACACCAUUUCAUAUUUUUUUUUUGAACAAAACACCAUUUCAUAUUGCUUGUAAAGGAAUUUGAAGACUCCUUUUUUUGGUUGGGAUUCUUUACACUUUUCUCUUUGCAGGCCCUCCCAGAGAGGUGAUUAACCACACUUUUUUUCUGUAGUCUGAUUGAAAGAGUACAGAGGACAGUUCGUGGCUCAGCUGAUGAUAUUGGAUGGAUGCAGCGUGAUCCAGAAAUGCCUCCAGUUAAAGAUGGCACUCAAAGAUUUUUGGAGAUUAUUGAUUCUAUUAGGCAUGGUGUGCAUAGGUUGCCAAAGACAGUCGUAUACUUGCUCGUACCAGGCCUUUUCAGCAAUCAUGGACCCCUUUACUUUGUUAAUACAAAAACAUCUUUCUCAAAAAUGGGACUAACUUGUCACAUUGCUAAAAUUCACAGUGAGGCAUCGGUCGAGAAAAAUGCCAGAGAGAUAAAAGACUAUAUUGAAGAAAUGUUUUGGGGUUCUGGGAAACAAGUUCUGCUUCUUGGACACAGCAAAGGAGGAAUAGAUGCUGCUGCCGCUCUAUCCAUAUAUUGGUCUGAUCUGAAAGAUAAGGUUGCGGGGCUGGUACUUGCACAGAGUCCAUAUGGUGGUAGUCCGAUCGCCUCAGACAUACUGCGGCAAGGUCAGCUGGGUGAUUAUGUUAAUGCGCGCAAGCUUAUGGAGAUACUCAUCUGUAGAGUAAUCAAGGGAGACAUGCAAGCACUAGAAGACUUGACAUACGAAAGGAGGAAAGCCUUCCUAAAGAAACACCAAUUGCCAAGAGAACUCCCAACCGUGUCUUUCCACACAGAGGCAGGCAUCUCUCCUGUGGUCUUGGCCUCCCUGUCCCGCGUCGCGCAUGCCGAACUGCCCACGUUUUCUGUGACCGGUCAGUCCACAAAGCUCCCAGUGGUGAUGCCACUGGGGGCUGCAAUGGCAGCCUGUGCCCAGCUGCUUCAGAUCAGGUACGGUGAGAAGAGUGACGGGUUGGUCACUUGCCGCGACGCGGAGGUGCCCGGUUCGGUCGUCGUGAAGCCGACCCGAAAACUGGACCACGCAUGGAUGGUGUAUUCGUCCCUGGGUGACGACCCGUCCGAAGCUGAUGCCUCUCAGGUUUGCGAAGCCCUUCUGACGCUAUUGGUCGAAGUUGGACAGGGAGAGAAACAGGCAGGUAGCAGCAAAUAAAAAGAUGAUUGACUGGUUCCAGGUUUUGCACUAUGUACAUAUAAAAUGAUGAUCGUCUUUAAAUGCCCUUCUGCAUCUUUUUUGUCAUAGAUUUUAACCCGUGCGAUGUAUGUGCAGAAAAAAGAAUACAAAAAUAGUAUAGUCUAUGUACAACGUAGCAAAAACACGUAUUCCCCACUGUGACAUUUUUUUUAUCUUGAGUGGCUUUGAACUCCUGACAUAGCAACAUAUAAUUGCCCAUGAUUGAAAAUGUUCCUGGCAUUUUUGUUGCAAUUUGCAAUUUGCAUCUCCUAUCCAAUAAUAAUUGCAUUUGGAUAUU